UGGAAGUGCGUGCGCGUGCGUGCGUGCGCGUGUGUGUGUGUGUGUGCGCGCGCAGCUCAGCCGGCCUCCCCUCCGCACUUGAAUGGACUAGAUUCCCAGCCACGUAAGAAGCACAGCGGCGCACCGGCAGGAGGGGGGGAGAGAGAGAGGGAGAAAAAAAAGAGAGAGAGAGAGAGACAGAAGAGAGAGAGAGGAUGUCCUGUUAAAUCAAGGGAUAGGCCUGGGAAAGUCGGCCGGCCGUCCCUAUCCUGUCCUCAACAGCAGCUCCCGUACGAGACGGACGACACUUCUUUUUUUUCUUCACCCGGGAGUAGACCGACGAGAAGAGACGGAACCGAAACACCAAAAAAACAAAAAAAUAAGAGCAGCUUUUUUUUUUUUUAUUUGGUUCCGGAUGGAUUUUUCUUUUUCCUUUUCUCCGUCCUGCGGUAGAUGACAAUCUAUCCGUGCGUGGAUAUGAUCCCCGGGAACAAGGCCGUGCACUGACCUGGUCCAAGUUAGCCAAAAGCUAGCCCCCGGUCCACCGAACGUUGUAUGAAAGGCAGCGAGCCGGCUUCGCGCGUGACAGUCCGCCACGUUCUCCAGAGGCAGCUCGCUCCAUUCCGACCCGAGAGUCACCAUCAAGGCGGAUUAAUUGUGCGUUUAAUGCACUGAGUUUAUCACAGAAGUGUUUCCUUUAACCGAGGAGGAGGAGGAGAAGAUCAAAGAGGAGGAAAGGGCUCCCCCUUACACCCCCGCCCCCCCCUCACGCAGAUUUUGUGGAGUUAUCGCCCUUCUUCCUCAUGAACAUACAGAGGUCAAAUCCAAUUAACAUUUCACGUUAUGGGAGAUCGCGGCACAAAUCGCACGAUUUCGAAGAAUUGUCUUGCUUGAGGACCGCCGAGUCGCACCAGAGCUUCAGCCCCAACCUCGGGUCCCCGAGCCCGCCGGAGACCCCGGACUCCACGCACUGCAUCUCCCGCAUCGGGGACUACCUUUUGUUGGAGCCGCUGGAGGGAGACCACGUUUUCAGAGCCGCCCACCUGCACAGCGGGGAAGAGCUCGUAUGUAAGGUCUUUGAAAUUGGCCGAUACCAGGAGUCACUGGCGGCCUACUUUGCCCUCGGACAGCACCAGCACAUUAACCAGAUCCUGGAGAUCCUGCUCGGCGAGACCAGAGCCUACGUGUUCUUUGAGCGCAGCUAUGGCGACAUGCACUCCUUCGUCCGCACCUGUAAGAAGCUGCGGGAGGACGAAGCUGCCAGACUCUUCUAUCAGAUAGCCUCGGCCGUGGCACAUUGCCACGACAACGGACUGGUCCUCCGCGACCUCAAGCUGAGGAAGUUCGUCUUCAAGAAUGACGACAGGAGCCUGGUGAAGCUGGAGAGCCUCGAGGACACCUACAUCCUGGACGGCCACGACGACUCCCUCUCGGACAAACACGGCUGCCCGGCCUACGUCAGCCCCGAGAUCCUCAACGCCAGCGGCUGCUAUUCGGGGAAGGCGGCGGACGUGUGGAGUCUGGGCGUGAUGCUCUACACCAUCCUGGUGGGGCGCUACCCGUUCCACGACGUGGAGCCGGGCUCUCUGUUCGGCAAGAUCCGCCGGGGCCACUUCAACGUCCCCGAGACGCUCACGCCCAAGGCCAAGUGCCUGAUCCGCUCCAUCCUGCGGCGGGAGCCCGCCGAGCGCCUCACCUCCCGGGAGGUGCUGGAGCACCCGUGGUUCGCCGCCUCCGGAGCGCUGGGGGGGGGCGGCGGCGUGGCGGCGCACGGCAGAGGGGAGAGGGAGCAGGAGCAGAUCGUGCCCGAGGUGAACAUGGAGGAGGAGCUGGAGCAGUUCUUCAGCUGAGCACACACACACACUCAUACACACACACACACACACACAUACGCAAACACACACACACACACACACACACACAUACACACCAAGCACAAAAAAAAAAAAAAGGCAACGGACGACUCGGCCGCGGUCGGCUCGCCGCUCUCACAGCAGAGCCGUAAACAGUAGUUUAGAGAUCAAUAGGUGAACAUUUGUCUCAUAAUAAAGGUGUUUUCAUCCCGUUUCCUCUUUCCACCGUUUUUCUUGGGAAACCUCGAGGCCGGCAUGACAAAAGGCAUCUGUCCGUCACCUGGCGUCCCGCCCGCCAGACAUGCAAGUUGCAAACAAUGUAGCAAGUGUAUGUUGUUUUUUUUUAUUCUGUUUGGUUUAAUGUGGUGAACUUAAAAGUAGACACAUUCACCAUCUUUUCUUUUUUUUUUUUUUUUUUGACACUAUGGGAAGCGGGAAGGGACAAAUGAACCCAGGAAACCACGGAGAGGAAUUCUGAAGGAACUGACAAAGCGCAACCAAACGGCACCUUUUCUCACAAGUUUGGUUCUCCAUGUUUUUGGGGGUUCAUUUUAAGCUUUAGGUUGUAUCAAUUGAAACCACGGACCCAGGGUCAACAACAACAACGACCCCAGGUCGUCAUUAUUUUCCCUCACAGGCGUUUAACUCUUUUGCUUUCAGUCGUCUGUGCGCUUCUGUUUCUCAUAGAUGCGUCCUUUAUUUUAUUUUAUUUUAUUUUUGAAGCAACUCCAGUGUUGGUAGCGUUGCUGAUGUCACUGAGCCUCAACCCUCAACACUUUUUUUUUUGUUUGUUUUUUUUCAUCCACGGCAUCAUGCGCCUAACGGACGAUUCCGCCUCUCGAAAUUAACUUCCUGUUAUUUAAAUUAAUUUUUCAGUUGUAGGAACGAGAACGUAACAUUUAUUUAAAAUGUAACAGCUAUAUAUAUAUAUAUAAUUAUAUAUUAUACAAAUAAAUAUAAAUAUAUAUAUUUAAAUCCACAUUGCAGGGUUUUUCCUUCAGAUUCCUUUUUCAUGUAUGAUGUAGGCAACAUCUGGACACAGGACAGACGCCGAGUGGAAACGAAUGUCUUGUCUGAAGUUUAUGGAAUACAGAAUCUUCUUAGCCAGUAUUCCGCCCCCCCCCCCCCCUCCCUCCCUUCUAACAACCUCCGCCACCCGGUCCCCCUCACUUCUUCUCACAAACUUGAUACGAGAUCUUGAUGGUGUCUCGUGCUCCCGAGUGGGAGCCCGUCGGCGCGUUUUGUCGCGUCUCGAUGUUACUUGAAUUAGUGUUUUUUUUUUUUAAUCUAGUCGUUGGCAUGUGCCCCAUGAAUGCUAUAGCCUGCCUGGGGAGGGGGGGGGGAUUUAUCUACGUUUUUAAGAAAAGUACACAAAGAAACCAUGAAAUUUCUCAAUUUGCAACAUUUUCUGAGUUGCUUCUCAAUACAUAAGUUAAAAAGAUUUUUUUUUUUGGAUUUUGUAGACUGAGCUACCUUUUUAUUUAAGUUGGUGCUGAUUCGGUGCUACUGUUUAGUCCUUUUGUUUGAUGGAGGAGGGUGGUGCAUGGUGGGAUAUCUGCCUCAGAUGUUCUGAUUGUAUCGUAACAGAUUCUGGUGUUUUGUCCGAAUUUAUUCAGUAAAUAAAUUGUGAACUGCU